UCCAUUAGCAUACCCUGUCAGCUCCGCUCCCAGAAUGUAUCUCCAGUCUUUCUGGCUCCCCUCUCUGCUGCCACCACGUUAAUUCAAGCCAUCAUUGAUUUCCUGUCUGGAUUACUGCAAUGGGCGCCGGACCGUCUAUCCUACACACAGCAGCCAGAAUGAUCUUAUAAAAUCUUAAUUCGGAUUAUGUCAUUCUUGCUUAAAACCCUCCAGUGGCUUCCUGCUGCACUUAGAAUUAAAUACAGCUCUGCAAGGCCUGGCAUGGUCCGGCUCCUUCCCACUCAUCUCUUCCUCCCGCCCUUCUUUCCAGUCUCCUGGCCUCCUUCCUGUUCUGCCAAUGCACCGAUCUUUUCCUGCCUCGUGGUUUGUGCACUUGCUGGGAUCCCUCUUCCUUCAGUGUUUUUCCAACAUUUGCUCAUCUCUCAAGUCUCAGUUCUGAGAGGCCACCCUGGACCACCUUUUCUAAAAUGGCCUGCCCACUGUCUCUCUCUUUAAUUCAUCUUUAGGGAACUUAUCACAACCUACAAUUAUCUUGUUUAUUUGAGGGUUGUUAAUGUCCUUCCAUUAGGAUGUAAAUUCCAGAAGAGUGAGGAGCUUGCCUAUGUGGUUCAUGGCUGUGUCCUCAAAAUCAGGCCCAGGCUUCACAUGUAGCGGGUGUUCAGUAAAUGUUUGCAAAUGAUUGUAUUUAUGCAUCUUUGAUGACAGUCAUUGCCCUGCCUCAGAAUCUACUUAUUUAUGUGUCUGUUUCCCUAACUUUAUCAUGAGUUCAUACCUUGCUCUGUGUUUCUGGAAUCUAGUCCAGGCCUGGCACAUAGUAGGCUGUCAGUGAAUGCUUGUGGAAUAGAUGAGGGAAAGUAAAAGGUGCAAUCAAAGAAAGGAAAGAACCGGGAGGGAGUGGAGUUGAGGAACCCAAGGAAAUGAAGUUCCAAUCAAGGCCAGAGAGGUGAAGCGACUAACCUGGCUUAUACAAGGCACAGAGCCAGAACCAGAGCCAUGGGCAUCUUCCUGCUAUAGAGGGAAUGUGGGCCAGUCACACCUGAUGUCCCAGGUGACUUUUUCUAAUAUCUUAUUUGUUCAUCUUCCCUCAUGUCUUCUUGCAGGAAGGACAUUCCCCAAGAAGGGCCAGACGUGUGUGGUGCACUACACAGGUAGGCCUUGCUCCCCAAGCCCUCAUCAGACCUGCCCCUCCCAAGGAAUGCUCCAAAAUGGGAAGAAAUUUGAUUCAUCCAGAGACAGAAACAAACCUUUCAAGUUCAGAAUUGGCAAACAGGAAGUCAUCAAGGGUUUUGAAGAGGGUGCAGCCCAGAUGAGCUUGGGGCAGAGGGCGAAGCUGACCUGCACCCCUGAUGUGGCGUAUGGAGCCACGGGCCACCCCGGUGUCAUCCCUCCCAAUGCCACCCUCAUCUUUGACGUGGAGCUGCUCAACUUAGAGUGAAGGCAGGAAGGAACUUAAGGUGGCUGGAGAUGGCUGCUGCUCACCCCCUAGCCUGCUCUGCCACUGGGACGGCUCCUGCUUGGGGCUCUUGAUCAGUGCGCUAACCUCAUUGCCCCACGACAUUUCCCAUUCUCUCUGCCUAAGUUGCUCUGUAUGUGUUCACAUUGUUCAUGCACAUCUUUGCUUGAGGAAACUUCAGUUGCAGAUCGAAACAUUUCAGGUUGUGCAUUUUGUGUGAUGCAUGUAGUAGCCAUUCCGAUCACGGAACACAGAUUUCUUGUUUGCACAAUCUACACUGCCUUACCUUCACUUAAGCCAGACACACAAGGUGCUCAGACAAGAAAUGUACAUGGUGUACACAGAGGGACUUGAGCCAGUUACCUUUGCUGUCACUUUCUCUCUUGGAAAUUGUUGGCUGCUGACUUACAAACUGUCCUCUUUGGAAAUGACAUGUAAAAUAAAGGCUCUGUGCUUGACAAA